AUGACAUUGACCACAGAAAUGAGAGAGCCUGAGCUGAAGUAUUUAGUGCUGAACGGCCAUCUCCCCGGCGAGGGGAUGUGGUCCACUGCCGAGAGUUACAGUGCUCUCGUGGCGCAGAUCAAAGAGGCCUACGGUGAAGACUACGAUCCCAUCUUCAAAUACAAACUCGCAUGUAAUCCAAAGAUGAUCAGUCCACCAAAUGGAACGUGUUAUAUUCUUGUAGACGACGAGGACGACUUUGAGUUGUGGAAGUACGGCUACGAACCCGUCCCCCAUCACCGCGACCCACUAGACGAUAUACACUAUCCACCAAAACCUCUCACACAGACCUUAUAUGUCUACCGCCGCCAACAUGAUCACAAACAGAAGAAUAAGGAGAAAAAGAAGGAGGAGAACUCUCCGCAAGAAGAAGAAGAACUUCAACUCUCUGUGAGUCCUCCAUUAUUGCACGCAGCGGAUGAUGUUGUGCCGCUUCCACUUCACAUGUUGUUGCCACAGUUAACGCUGCAGCGUCUCGGUGUGCGCGUGUUGUUGCGCCACAGUUCGGCCCCAGAGGCAUUACUCCUCAGCAGCCGUAAUGUACACAACGGGAGUGGUGAGGGACAUUGGGGAUUAUUAGUGCGCAAGGCGCAGUCCGCGUGGGGAGCCCAGCGGCCGGCAUUCCGCUAUAUUGACUUUGAUCGCGGUGUAACGGCUGUUGAUAUCUUCAAUGUGCGAGACUACGCGUUGUGGAAUAGCAGUGUUGGGCGUGAGCGGGUGGAACUCAUCGCUAUGGAACACGUCUAUCGCGGUGAUGUUGGGCCCAGAAUUGAAAAUACUGUGGAUAUCAGCAUGCCACUUUCUACACCUGCAGAUAAGAGCAAUAGCAGUACUAUUUACAAUAAAGACAGUAGUACUAUAAACAAGGAUGCGAUCACUGAGAAAUGUGGGAUGUGUGACUCAGGGGAUGGGCGAGAUUACACCGUUACAGUGGCAGCAACCGUGCGGGGUGUGCACUGCGGACUCUUUGGACCAACAUUCACUUCAGAUGCGUUAAUUCCAAUGAAAGGUUCACAAGUAGAUGACGCAGAAGAACGAUCUCUAGAACAUCAUAAACGCCUAGUGAUGUCACUCACGAGAAAUGGGCUUUUCUAA